AUGGGAAGGGUGAAGAAACCUCGUCCUGACAGGCUGGUUUUGUGGCACUCUGUGAAAUUAGACUUUAUCAGGAGUCCACUAGAACUUCUGAUUCGCAAACUUCCUUUCCAGUGUCUGGUGCAAGACGUUGCCCAGGAGUUCAAAACAGAUCUGUACUUCCAGAGUACAGUUAUUGGUACUUUCCAGAAAGCAAGUGAGGCCUAUCCGGUGGGCCUUUUGGAAGACACCAACCUGCGUGCUCUCCAUGCCAAACAUGUAACAAUUAUGCUAGCACAGAGGACACGUACAGAAGUGUUUAAGAAUCCACUCUGA